AUGCUUGUAAAACAUUUGUCGGAACCUUGGUUUUCUCUUAUUUAUUGUGGAAAAAAAACUGUUGAAGUUCGUCUUGAUAAAGGACAUUUUUGUUCAUUAAAACCAUCUGAUACAAUUGAAUUCUUCAACGACGAUUUAGGUUUUAAUAUUCGACGAAAAUUUUGUGUAAAAGUUAUAUCAGUUGAAAGAUUUGAUACAUUUGAAUUAGCAUUAGAAAAACAUCUUUCACGCGCUUUACCAACAGUUAAAACAGUUGAAUUUGGUUAUCCUAAUGAAAUCUUUCCUUUUAUUCAAUUUAAUGGUCAAACACCACGUGAACGUGGCUAUGAACAUGGUACAAUCUUAUCAGAACGAAUAGAUAAAUCAAUCAAUAUAUAUCGUGAACAAUUUUUGAAAAAUAAAAAUUUUAAUGAAAAAUAUAUUUUAAAUUUAUGUGAACAAUAUCGUCGUGGUAUAUCAUUAUAUUCAAAUGAUUAUUUAGAAGAACUUGAUUCAAUAGCUAUUUCAUCGCGACAAGAUCCAUUAUGGAUAAUUGCAUUAAAUUGUCGAUUAGAAAUUUUAAAUCAUUUAUCAUUUGGUAUACAAAAUGAAUGUACAGUUUUAUAUAAUAAAGAAACAUGUCAAUUAGCUGAAAAUUGGGAUUGGAUUAAAGAUUUUCAACAUUUAGCAUUUAUUAAUUAUAUUAAAUCGAAUGGAAUUUUACAAAUGAUUGAACCUGGUGUUUUAGCAAAAGUAGGUUUUAAUUCAUAUGGAAUAGGAGUUACACUGAAUUUUGUUGAUCCAGUAACUAUAUCAACAAAUCCUUCAAAUAUUCCAUUACAUAUUUCAUUACGUGCUGUACUUGAUCAAGCAAAAACUUAUGAACAAGCAUUGGAUAUAUUCAAACAAAAUGGACCUGGUUUCGGUGGACAUGUACUUGUUGGUGAUGAUAAAGGUCAAUGUUGUUGUGUUGAAUUUCCAGGUGAUGAAGUUCAUUUUAUUCCAGAUCAUCCAUAUCAUACAAAUCAUUUCUUAUAUACAAAUAAUAAUAAUGAACAUUUUAAAAAUACAUCACGUUAUCAAAAUUCAUUAGAUCGUUAUGAACGAGUUAAACAACUUUGGAAAAAUAAAACAACAUUACAAUCAAUUUUAUUUGAUUAUGAUGAUAAUCAAACAUAUCCAAUAUGUAGAUCAUUUGAACCAAAUGAUAUUGGUCUUGUAGGAACAGUUUGUUCAUUGAUUAUGAAUUUAAAAGAAAGAACAAUGAAUAUAACAAAAGGAAAUCCAAGACAAAAUCAAAAAUUAUAUGAAUUUCAACUUGAUGAGAAAGAUAUGAAUCAAUAA